ACGUUCACGAUUCAAUUUCCUCCAAAAGUCCGUGACAAGUCUUGCACUCAAGUAGAUUAAUUCCAUCAUGCGUACCACAAACGUUCCUAUUACUGAUGUCAGGCGACCCUUAGUGAAUAUUUUUGUUUGGUUUCAUCAAAUAUCUUUUCCUUAUUUGCGGAUACAGUCAAGUUCAACGCCAAGGUUACGUAAGCUUUCCAUUGUCAUGAUACCUAUAUGUUUAGAUGGUGUAACAUCUUGACCUAACGUCGCCUACGAAAUGGAUCCGAAGAUCAAUCUAGCAAAGCACAUAUCUCUCCAACGCGCAGAUGGUGUUUCUGGGGUUUGGCAGUUACCAAUUCGUGAAUCAUUUGAUAGUGGUACCGCGUACCGCGAAGGUGUGAGUUUUGGAGGCGGUUGACCGGCAAACAAAAACAAACCAUUUCGAUGAACUGCAACAUUAAAACCGCCACAUUUGUUUGGUGUUUGGUGCUCUUGGGACAUAUUGAUCCAGUGGUGUCAACAAUCAGAGAUUGUCUUACGAAUAUCAAACUGCCGAAACUGUUCGAGUACGAUGACUUCGACGAGUGCAGAACAUGGAACCCUAGUUUUCGAUACUGUGUUGUUCAAGCUGUUAUUCAACCAGACAACACUUCCCCUAUAUGGCAGAAUAUCAGUGUUAUAUCGGCCAAUAGACGUAAUUUUCCGCACGAUCAACUGGAGAGGGGAUUAUGUUUACAAAGAUGUUUGAAUCAGCUUGCUGUCUCACAUCAGAUAUCAGUUGGUUUGGUCGAAUCAAAUCUGAUUACGGAACAUGAACAAAAUGCAUAUUUUGGCCAAUGCCUAAACCUGGAACUCGAAACUUCUUACAACUUGCAUGCAACUACAACCGUUAUGAACUGUAUCACAGAAGAUGAUUUUCGGAUAUCUUUAGGUGCAGCUGAGAUAGUAUUCAUUGGGAUGGUUGUGUUGAUUAUACUACUAAUUGCAAUUGCUACUGCACGGGAUUUAAGGGGAGAUCUCAAAAAUCAAUGUAAGUAUGUUGAUAUGAACUAUCCCCAAAAAAGCUAA